AUGGAAAAUGUAGAUAAAGCUCUUAUAAGAUCUUUAAGGGGUAAUAACAAUUGUGAGUAUGCUUCCAUUCCUUCUCAAGGUAGUUCUGGAGGUAUCAUAACUAUGUGGAAUGGUGGUCAUGUAAUCAUGGAGGAAGUUCUUUUAGGUGAUUUCUCUUUAUCAAUGAGAUUCAGAAACACCAAAGAUGGUUUUAUUUGGCCUUUUACUUCAGUUUAUGGAGCUUCUGAUCCAGCGGAUUAUGCUCAAUUUUGGCAGGAAUUGGCAGACAUUAGAGCAAUUAUAUUUGAGCCUUGGUGUAUUGGUGGUGACUGGAAUGUUAUUCUGUGUCAAGCUGAUAGAAAUAGAGUUGGUGGUAACAAGAGAAACAGAAAAAAAUUCAGACAUUUCAUAAAUUCUCAAAAUUUGUUGGAUAUUCCAGUGGAAGGAGGAAGAUUUAAUUGGACAAACUCUCAAUCUUCUCCACUUCUCCAAAGAAUAGAUAGAUUUUUCAUGUCAACGGAAUGGGAGGAUAGAUGUCCAGGCCUUGUCCAAACUAGACUCAAGAGACCAAUUUCAGAUCAUGCUCCCAUCCUUUUGAGUUGCUAUGGAGGUUUAAAAAUUUUCAUCAAAAAGUUGAGUAGAGAAAAUUUUGGCUCAUUACAGGCUGAACAGGAUAGAUUGGAAAACCUUAUUGAUGUGAUGGACAGUUUAGAAGAAAUAAAUGGGUUAUCACAAGAUGAAUUUGCUGAAAGAGAGAAUUUCAGAUUACAACAUAAAACUGCUUCUCCAAAUCUUGCAAGGAAAUGA